ACCGCGUGCGUGUAUGCAAAUAGCGGCGGAGCGGGGGGCGGUUCCCGCCUCCAGGCGCGCCCUCCUCGGGUGUCCGCAGGCCGCCCGCAGACCACGCCCGCCGCGCGCGGGCCGCGACGCCCCGCGCAGGACCCGCCCACCGGCCCGCGGACCCCGGGGACCCCAGAGCGGCGUCUCGCCGCGCCUGAUGCCUACCCGGGAGCCGCCUCGGACCCGUGGCUCCCGGGGGAGCCCGCAGACCCGCCCGCCUGGCCCUGGACCCCCGCCACUGGUGCCUCGAGGCCACAAGUCCAGCACCCAGCGCCCUCGGCUGCAGCCGCAGCCUGGACCCCACACGGCGAGGCCUAGGAAGAUUGUAUUUGAGGACGAGCUGCCCUCCCUGCCCCUCUUGGGCAUCAAGAAGCCUAUUGGAGCCGUCUCUGGGGGGCAUGUGCCCAGCCCCCACCCAGUGCCCGACUAUGAGCUCAAGUACCCACCGUUGAGCAGUGAGAGGGGCCGGAGCUGCUAUGUUGCAGUGUUCCAGGACCAGUAUGGAGAGUUCUUGGAGCUGCAGCAAGAAGUGGGGUCCACGCAGGCCAAGCUGCAGCAGCUGGAGGCCCUGUUGAGGUCCCUGCCCCCACCCCGGAGCCAGAAGGAGGCCCAGGUUGCAGCCCGUGUCUGGAGAGAGUUGGAGAAGAAACAGACGGACCCUAGCUUCCUGGAUAAGCAGGCUCGCUAUCGCUACCUAAAGGGCAAACUGAGGCACCUCAAGACCCAAAUCCAGAAAUUCGAUGACCAAGGGGACAGCGAGGGCUCCGUGUACUUCUGAGUCUGCUGGAGAGGCAGCAGGACACCGGCCCCUGCCCUUCCUUGCUCUUCACCCUGCCUCGAGGAGCCUCAAGAUUUGCGGACGACAUGUCCUGUGGUUCAGCACUGAUGGUGCAUCCUCCAGGCAGCCCUCCCCGGAGUCCCCUGGGCCCCCAGCCCUGCUCCAUGGAGACACCGGAUCUCAGUCCUUCCAAGGGAAGUGGGCCUUCUUCUCCAUCCCAGCAAAAUAAACAUGCAUUAAACCCCUACUGUAUGCAGCUGCAGCACACCCUGAUUUCACUUGUCAUCAAAAAGCCUUCUUCCAUCUUCCAGCCCAGGGGGCAGGGGGAGAAGGGAAUGAGCUUCAAAGGGAGU